GGUAAAACAACACCACCUUCUUUGCUUAUUCUUCAAUUCAAAAAUCAACUUUGAAGAUCCUUCAGAUUCUGUAUGAAAUCUGUAGGAUACUGCUUUCCAAACUGUCAAAUAUCAUAUCAAGAUUAUGUAUCUUUUUUAUCAUUAUAGCCUCUCAUUUAAAAUGUCACAUUUUGAUUUUGAUUCAUUACAAUUAUACUCCUCUUACUUUAUAAUCUCUUAUUUCGUUCAUCAUUUUAUCUCAUUUCAUUGUCUUGAAAAAUAUAAUCUUUCAAGAAAUGGGUAUGGCUAAAGAUAAUCAAUUCCAUGUUUUGGCUGUUGAUGAUAGUAUCAUUGAUAGAAUGUUGAUUGAGAGACUCCUCAAAACUUCUUCUUUUCAAGUUACAGCAGUGGAUUCUGCUACUAAGGCUUUGAAAUUUCUUGGUUUGGUUGAGGAUGUUGCUUCAGAAAUUCAUCAGGAUGUAGAUGUAAAUCUGAUCAUAACAGAUUAUUGUAUGCCAGGGAUGACUGGCUAUGAUCUGCUCAGAAAAGUCAAGGAAUCCAAAUCUUUCAAAGACAUACCGGUCGUGAUAAUGUCCUCGGAGAAUGUUCCAUCUAGAAUAAACAGAUGUUUGGAAGAGGGAGCUGAAGAAUUCUUUCUGAAACCAGUUCAACAAUCGGAUGUAAACAAGUUGAAGCCUCAUUUGCUGAAAUCAAGAGUUAAGGAAGAGCAAGAACAACCUAUUAAUAACUAAAGCAAGGAUAUGGAAGAAACUCAUUCACCAAUCACUAGAUAAAACUAGCUAGGCCAAAAUUUAAUUAGCAUUUAAAUUUGAUAAAACAUAGGUAGUGCCUAGAACAUGGAAAAAGGGAUAAGCAUUAGAAGUUCCUAAUGUAGAUAGCUUAGAAAGAAUCUCAUUCGAUUUCGAUGGAUUAUUAACAACUCAUUUUGACAA